CCCACACCCACACCCACACCCCACACCCUCACCCGUUUUUCGACAGCAAAAAGUACCUCAUUUUACUCAGAAUUUAAUACUGAUUCCGAAUAUGUAAUUCUUUUUUAAAAAUAUUUUGGACAAAAAAAUGGCCUUAUCGACACUUGUCCUUUCAGCCAAUUGGAUUCAAGUGGAAUAAGUCUAGUAAUCUCAUGAAAAAUAAACAAGCUGAAUCUAACUGACAAAAAUAAAAUAUUAUCAAGUCGGAUAACACUAGAUAACUGUUUAACGCUUUCACAGCAAUGUUUCUAUAUUGAUUUUCUAGCGUUAGGAACAUUAAUUCAAUCUUAUAUUAUGUUGAAAUACUGAACACCAAGAAAAAAAACCUUGGUGAAUAAGCAAUUUCCAUGGAGUAUUUCAUUGAAUACUUUAAGAAUCAAUGAAUUAUGUAUCACUUCAAAUAAAUGAAUAGGUCUUAUCAAAGGUAUUGAGAUUAAUUGAAAGUGAGAUGAUACUCAUGAACAUUGAGCAACAGACGCAGAAUCAACUCCACUAAAUUUUUAAGAACGAUAUGAGUUAUGUGUUGAGGAUAAGAGUGUACCAGAUCUCGAUAUACGACAUGACUUUUUUUAAUCAAUUCAAGUACCCAAAAUGAUUUUGGAUGACUUUUAUAUUGCCCAUUUGACCCUUGAUGUAGCGAUUACCUCCUAUUCAAUAUUAAAAUUUCGAUUAUGUUACUGGAUACUAAGUAUAAAAUAAUGAAGAUAUGAUUCAUCCGAUAGGCUCUUUGCCGUUGAAAGUUCUUUCGUAUGACUCCAUAUAGCUUUCAAUUUCAUUUCACAAAUAGCAACAACAACAAAAACAACGUCAACAACGUCGACGUCGACGACAUCAACAUCAACAACUACAACAGCAAGUAAGUACACUUUCAAAUUUACAGUGUGACUGA